GAACUGCGCACAAGCGCCCUCCAGCGACAGAUUUAAAAGUUUGGUUUUAAAUAUUAACCUUACUAAAAACAUAACAUUUAGAAACUUUUUUAUUUGAAAAGAAGGGUAAUUGCUUGUCAUUGUUGAGUCAUGGAGUGAUGUAGACUAUCAUAAGUCGUAGGUUUUCAAAAGAAUUUAACGUGACUAUUUCAGUCAAGUAUUUUUUUGAACUUGUCAGCCAUCUUGAAUUUUUUACCCGGACAUUGUUGUAGUAAAGAAGAUACUUGUGAUUUAACACAGGCGUGAAGCAAAAUCUCAAAUUAAUACCGAUUGAAGACGAACGGAUGGUUGCUUUUGAAAGGCUGUUCAGAGAAGUUGACCCAAAGCUUGUUCAUAAAUGGACCCUGAAGAUGAGCCUGGGUCGGCAGGCCAAAACCAAAAUCUUCACGACCUUCAAAACUACUUAUCCACAUUCAACAAAGAGAUAGAGCCUGGUGAUGAUGUUUUGUCCCACAUGGGUGUUGAUACGGGAGAUGUGGGUGACCUGUACAAUCCUACAUCAGGGAGUCAUCACCUUCAGGAACCCGGUGAAGGAGGCGUUACAUCACAGUUUUCAUCUGGAUUUUAUUCAGAGCAAGGUAUUCUUGAUACACCACUUUCAGACGAAACCACACACCAGAUUCAAAGUUUAGUUGGAUCCACUGAUACAGAUAUUGUAAAUAUAAAACAGGAAGUUGGAACUAUUGACCUUGAAUCAGUCCUGACACAGAAUGCAGGUUUUGGAACUGCUCAGAGCAUAAGGGACAUUCAAUCCAACCCAAUGGCAGGGAGUUUAAUUAUGACAUCACUGAGUGACAACCUUGACCCCACUGGUGGCAAGGUGAUCAGGAUUGUGUCCCUGGACGACGAUGGCCACUAUCUUUCCCUGAGUGAUGGGGCUCAGAUGCAGAUACUCAACCAAGAUUUGGGCAUGUCUAGUGAUGCACUAACAGCUUCUGAUUCUGUUCUUGCUAUGCAAGGGGGUGAUACUGGUUCAGCCAGCGAAGGUGCCACACAAUCUUCCUCCAUUCUGACAUCUGCUGGGGCCAAUGGUAUAAUGAUAACAGGGAGGAAUGACAGCAUCACCACCAUAGCCAAUAGCAGCAAUGGUAUCUCAGACAGCACCCAACUUGUGGCCCUGCAGUCUGAUAGCUCCCAGCCUCAGCUGGUGGCAUUACCCAAUGGAACAGCUUUAACCACUGAAGCCUUGCAGAUGUCUGGCUUACUGGCAACAGAUGGUACCAUAAACUCAGAUCUUGGUUUUCAAACUAUAACUAUCCUUCCUUCUGAGCUCAAUCAAGGUGGUGAUAUGAACUACGUCCUGAUCAUGUCCCAGUCAGAUGGGAACAAAGAUGGAAAUAACCAGCUAACCACGCAACUAGCACAAGUUUUAGAUUUCAAGCAAGAAAAUCAAGAAUUUACAGAAGACUUUGUGGAAAUAAACGGUGAAGUGAAAAGAAUUUUGAGGGUUGUUCCAAAGAAAUAUAUCAACAACUUUGGGACCCAGCUGACAUGCGACUACUGUGAUUACACAAGCCCAAAACGUUAUUUACUAACCAGGCACAUGAAAUCUCAUUCUGAUGAGCGGCCUCAUAAGUGUAAAGAAUGUGACAGGGGCUUCAAGACUCCGGCUUCUUUAAUGAAUCAUGUAAAUACUCAUACAGGAACCAGACCACAUAAAUGUAAAACCUGCGAGGCAGCUUUCACCACAUCAGGGGAACUUGUUCGCCACAUCAGAUACCGUCACACAUUUGAAAAACCUCAUAGAUGUCCCAACUGUGAUUAUGCAAGCGUUGAGCUUUCAAAACUUAAAAGACACAUGAGAUCACAUACAGGAGAGAGACCAUAUAAGUGCUCAUACUGCGCUUACGCAAGCCCUGACACCUACAAACUAAAACGCCAUCUGAGGAUACACACAGGAGAAAAGCCAUAUGAAUGUGAUAUUUGUCAUACACGCUUUACCCAGAGCAACAGUUUAAAAGCCCACAAGCUUAUACACUCAGGAAAUAAGCCUGUCUUUAAGUGCAGCCUAUGUCCAACUACCUGUGGGAGAAGAACAGAUCUGAAAAUCCACAUUAACAAGUUACAUGCUGAAGGUGUACCUUUAGAAUGUAAAAAAUGUGGACAAGUUUUCUCUGACAGGUACUCAUACAAACAGCAUGUCCGUGGUCAUGAUAUAGAUAAAUGCUUCAAAUGUGAUGAGUGUGACUUCAUAGCUAACACAGAACGUAGUUUUGAUGCCCAUGCAGCCAUCCACUCCAAUGGCAAGAAGUAUGAAUGUGACACCUGCCACACGUCCUUUAACCUCAGCCAGACUUUAGACAAACAUAAGGUCACAUGUCAGCUGGGAGAAGAGUCGGAACUGGAUUCUUCUAGAGAUAAAGAGAGCGAUGAACAUAGUGUAGAUAAAACCUCCAUGUACAAAAGCAGUCUGGAUCGCCCCACCCAAGAAAACAAGCUGGACUCAAUACUCAGUGCUGAUGGCAGCAGCACAACAAGUGCCCCUCUCACUUCUGACACAUUACACAGGAAUUUGCUGCAGGACAUCAAAGCUGGAAAACUUGGAGAUGUGCCACAAGUUGUCAUUGUGCACCCUGAUGGGUCCUUAGAAGAAAUCUCAUCCAAAAUACCCAUAGGUGACAAAAUGAACAUGGAUGAUAUUUUCUCUGCACUUACCAACAACGAAAAGUCUUCACUAGCAGGGAAGGUAAACACUGACAAGGGAGGUAAUAAAGAUACAGAAGCUGCUGUGAAAAUUUCCAGAGAUGAUGAUUCCUCCGAUGAUGAUCACUUUAAUGAUGAGGAUGGUACAGAAGAACCUGUUGAAUCUUUGCAAUGUGAAGCAAGCACACAAGCUGAACUGGAGUCUGAUUCAGAUCUAGAUUCUGCAGAUGACAGUGAGAGUGAGGGUUCCAUCUCAACAAAGGCUAUCAUAAGAAAAGGCAAUGAUGUCUUUUCUGGAGGCUCUCAAAGAAAUUCUCUGACAGAACAAGGUGACAUCUCCAACACUAGCAUUGGGCACAUUUCUGCUGCCUCCACAGAUUCCCUCUUACAGCCCAUCAACACCUGCACUGCUACAACAUCAGACAACACAAACAUUCAGCCUCAGUAUAUUGUCGUCAAAGGGUACACGUGUGUGAACAGUGAGACUGGCCAGCCCACACUGGUCAACGUGGCGGUAGACAGGGACGCUUUAAUGAAGAUGUUAACAUCACUGGGUGGUUCAGGGGAGGGAGGCGUGCAGCUCCUGUCUGGGGACAUGGAGGCGUUGAGUUUGCCGCUGGACGGCACUCACGGCAGUAUCAUCACCAUGACAGAAGAACAGCUGUCGGACUUUGCUGGCAUGUCCGGCCACAGCUCAGCGGGUGAUAUCUCUGGCUUGGUCACCUCAGACUUCUGUUCUCCUAUGGUGGAUGAUAGCUCUAAGAAUAGUGAAAUCCAUCUCAAGUACAAAGACAGCCUCAAAGAGGACGCACCUCUCUCCGAGGACACCCUCAGCAUGGGGAGAUCUCAGCACAACAUUGACACCAGCUUACCCAAUGACUUGCUGUCUACACAUUGUGUAAAAAAAUCAAAAUCUUCUACCUCCUCAAAAGGAAGCCCCUCCACCUUGCAGGCGAAUACAGAUCUGCUAGAUUCACCUGGCACUUUUAAAGUGGACCAGAUCCCCAGGUCUGAAUCUUUCUCUGACCAUCUCAGUGAUGGACUGCCAGAUCAUGGACUGGAGGUCUUCCAGGAUUUUUCUCCAUCCAAACCCACCCACCUGCUCGUGAAAAAAGCUUCCAAGUCCCCUGUCAAUAAAACAGUAAAUGUGAAGAGAAAAUCAAAAAGUUCGCUCUCCUUAAAGGAGGAAAUAAGUGUGAAAGAUGAAGAGAAGGAUGUUAGUGGAGAUACCCAUGAGGUUGACCUUGAAGCACAGGAUGAAUUUUCUUUAUCAUCAGACAAACAAAAAAAGUACUACAGAAAGAGGCCCACAUCAGCAGACCAAUCCUUGGUAGUGACAGGCAAACGAGUUAGAAAGGCUUUGGUAAAAGUCAGCAUGUAACAUUGCUAGUUUGAGAACACAUUACUGAGAGCACAUCACAUUUCACAUUAUUUGUUGUUUCAUAUUUUACACUUGCUAUGUUGGUGAACAAACUCUAGUCAUAUCAAAAUAUCGGGUAAACUCUUACAGGUCACAGGUCAAGUGGCCAGAUAUGUGUUAAUGUUUGGUGCUAAAACACUUAUCAUACUUUUUCAUGUUGAUGCAAAAUGUAAGAUAAUAAUAGUUGUUUGAAAAUCAAUGCAGGCUUUUAGCAUUAUUGUGAUUAGCUUUGAUAGUUUGAUCUUAAUGCAGUUGUAUGCUUAAGGCUAUAAAAUAUAUCUUUAAUUCUUUUACCAUUUGCUAUACACAUAGAGUAUAUUAUAGAUUUAAAUCUUAAGUAGCUAUUGCUUUAUUUGAAAUAGUGUUUAAAAUAAUGUAUUAUGUAUAGCUAGCUAGCCAAAGCAUGUGUUUUGUUAGUUUCAGUUAGUGUUAAAGAAAUAGAAUCUCAGCUUGCUCUGAAUAAAUCUGUUGACUUAUGUAAAUGUCAUUCAAAUUCACCUUUUUAUACCAAGUAAUAUGUGAUAAAAUAAGAUGCUCAAGCAUUUUUUUCUUAUGGUGUUGUAUUUUUAAAAAUGUUGCAGGUAAAGUUUUACUUUGUUUUAUUUAGAGAUUUUUUUUUUUCAAAACAUUUUUGAAAACGUAACUUUUUAAAAUAACAGGUUAGACCAUGUUACAAAGAUUAGUAUUUUUGUAAAACAUAUUUAUUCCUGUAUGUUUUCAAAAUUUCUCGCAGAAUUAAGCAUAUCUUUUAGCUUAUUAUUUGUGAACUGAUGCUGGGGUUACUGAAAAUACAUUAAAAUUCAUUUUUAAAUUUAAAAAUACUAAAACAUUUAAUAAAAUUUAGAAUGUUUUUAAUGAAUUAGGUAUAUAAAAUCUCUAUGAUUAUUUAAGUCUUGUAACAUUUCUCAAGCAAACUUUGUAAAAAAAAAUGUGUUUGUCACUAAAUAAAACAUCAUGUAAAAUGGGCAAAUUUGAAGAUAAAAAUCUGUAAUAUGAUAGAAUAAACUUCAGCAAUUGAUGAUAGUAACCAUGGAUUUAAUUGAUCUUAUGCAGUCUGAUAAUAUUUGCCAACCAGGCAAAAAAAAUUUUUUGGAAUCAAACUGUUUCAGUUGAAUAUGUUUUUGUGCUUUUCAGAUAAUCAGCAUCACUCACAAAUGUAACCACCUUGGUGUUGAUUCUGUUAUAUAAUGCAGUAUACAAGUGGUUACCCUUUAUACUCUUUGGUUUGUUUGGGUAAAAAAGUAGUUAGCUUUGCCAUAAGACAUUUUCACAUUCCAAAAACGUGGAGUUUAUUACUACACAAGAGUCACAUUUUGUAAUAAGUAAAAAGUUUGUUCAGGAUCAGAAUUUUUUUAAGGAACCAUGAAAUAGAGGAUUAAUAGCUAACUUAAGUAGGUAAAAUGUUUUAGUUGCACUAGAAAUAAAAAAAAAUUUCUCUGGCCUAUAUUAUUAUGCAAGUAUGGGAUCAAAUGGCAGCAUUCCUUUAAAAUAAAAUCUUCAGCAUUUGACUAGUCUGUUGUUCUGUAAGAAUAAAAACCUGCUGUAACAAGUUAUUUCUAUAAAAAUAACUUGUUGGUGUGCCCUUGUUAGUUGCUGUAUAAAUAACAUGUAUAUUUAUAAAAUACACAAAAUUAAAAUACAUAUUAAUUUUCUGUACAAUAAUUACAGAUUGUAAUUUAUUUGAAAGAGUAAAAAUUUUUUUGUUGAAUGUAUAAUGUGCAAUAGUUUUAUUUGGGCUUAAAUGCUGUAAUGUUAUUUUUACUUUGUACCAAGUCAAUAUGAUUUCUUUAUGGACCCAAAAAGAAGGGUGAAAGUAUGAAGGGGAAGUAAUACCUUGUGGAAUAUGGGAAAAAGAAAUGAAUGAUUGGAUUAUAAUUAUAUAAUAUACAUUUAUGAUUUGUAUAUAGAAAUAAAAUUGUAUGUAUAUUAUGUUGCUAUAUGUAUAUUGUAUUUUGUUUGAUAAUAUACAUAUGCUGUACACUUCUCUUGUUGCUGUACUUUUCUAUGACAACUUCUCAAAAAUAAAUUAUUUUGGCUCCCA